CGUCCCACAGCAACCCCCUUUCGUCGCUCCCUUUACCAUGGCUAAGCGCAGGAGUAGCCUGUUGACAUCCUCUCAGGCAUCAAAGCGCGCCAGAAUACAAGAUAGUGAAGUUCAGCAACUUGGAGGAAAACCAAAGGUCAAUGGUAAAACAAAGGACGAAGGCAAUAGUAGUGACGAGGGAGAGAUAGACAUUCGUGACGUCAAUGAAGAGGGCGAAGAGUUCGAGAAGAGGUUCGAAGAGGAGAACGGUGAUGCCAUUCGGCGGCGUCUCGAGGCAAGGAGUCAAGUCGUUGGGGGAAUUGCGGACCAUGGUAUCAUCGAGUGCAUUGAAAUGGCGAACUUCAUGUGCCAUCCUCGUUUGAGAUUCACUUUUGGACCACAGAUAAACUUCAUCAUUGGUGGCAAGAGCGCUGUAUUAUCCGCAAUCACCAUUGCUCUCGGCGGAAAGACUAUUUCAACUGGUCGUGGAUCUGGACUCAAGUCCUUCAUUCGUGAAGGUCAAAACAAAGCAGAGGUAACCAUCACACUCAAGAACCAAGGCGAGGAGGCAUACAGGCCCAAGGAUUACGGUAAAAGCAUUGUCAUUACGCGAACCUUCACUAGACAGGGUUCGUCGUCCUGGUCAAUUAAGAGUAAGGAUGGAAAGAAAAUAUCAGACAAGAGGGAUGAACUGGCUGCGAUUUGCGACCACAUGAACAUUCAAGUCGACAACCCGUUGAAUGUCCUCACUCAGGAUGCUGCGCGUCAAUUUUUGAGCGCUUCUCAUCCAUCUGACAAAUACAAGUUCUUCCUCCGCGGAACCCAACUGAGCCAGCUUAGCGAAGAAUACGAUUUGUGCCUGGCGCAUGUUAACCAGACUAGGAAGAUCUUGCAUCAGAAGAAACAGGCUCUCCCUGAACUCAGGGCAGCAUUCAAGGAGGCCACCGUGCGCUUUGAAGAAGCUUCGAAAGCACGUGAACAGCGUCAUAAGGCUGACGAGCUCAAGAAAGAGUUGGCAUGGGCACAUGUGGCCGCAAAACAGCAUGAAAUGGAGGCAAAGUUUCAGGAAGUCGCAAGAGCACAGCAGCGUCUGCCAAAGAUUCAAGAGAAAGUUGACGGUGCGGAAGCCCAAUUCAAGGCGGCCUCUGACGAGGUCGAACGACUUGAACGAGAGUUUGCUGAUCUUGGUAAUAUCGACCACCUGAACCAGAAGGCCAAAGAAUUGCAAGAUAAUAUGCGAGUCAACAAAAACUCCUUGAACCAAUUCAAGAAUGAUGAAAGAGACAUGAGCGCUAGUUUGACCGGCCUGAACAAAGCCAUUCAGGAAUAUGACAUUAAAAUCGUUGAAGAGACCCGCCGUAUGGAGACACAUACGCUGGCUAGACGUGAGGAACUCAACCGACGCCUUGAAGAGGCCAAGCAAGCCGUCGCCGCCGCCGAACAGGCUCACGGAAAGGUCUGCGACGAGAAACGUGCCAAGCUAACAGCCACGGAUGACUGCAAGCAAAAAGGGAUGGCUGCACAGAACCAGAUGAAACAAGCCCAGGAGCGCAUCCAGGAAUGCAAUACAAUGAUCAACCGGUGCAAAGACCGCCAGGAUAACGUCCUGGCUCCUUAUGGGAAGGAUAUGAAAAAUAUCCUUGAGCAGAUUAAGCAGAUGAGGUGGCACGGAGACACUCCAGUAGGUCCCUUGGGCUUGCAUGUCCGAUUGAAAGAUCAGACGUGGGCACCGUUGCUACGGUCGCAACUCGGAACUUUGAUGAGCGCCUUUGCAUGUACUGAUCCGAGAGAUCGUCCUCAACUGAAGCGAUUGUUUGACCAGACGAGGAAUCACCAUAUCAAUAUCAUCAUCUCGGAGCGGGAUGAAUUUGACUACAGCUCUGGUGAACCUCCUGCUAACGUGCUCACUGUGUUGCGUGCAUUGGAGAUAUCCGACCCAUAUGUUCUUCGUAUCCUGAUUAACCAGUCGAACAUCGAACGGACCAUCCUUGGACACAACCGGAAGGCCGGUGAUGAUAUCCUCCUGGGGCUGCGCAGUGGGGUAGCCUGGACCGCCGAUUUCAUGCGUGUCACAAGAUACAGCGAGGGUGGUGGUUCAUCGAUCAAGCUGAAUAGAAUUGCGAACGCAGACCCGCGGCAGAUGCUGUUUACCGCAACCGAUAAUGCCACGGAGUUACGUGAUUGGCAAGAGAAGUUAAGGGUCGCAGAAACGACCUAUCAAUCUGCUUCAGCUGAAUGCAAGCGACUGAUGGAAAUGUAUAAUAUGAUCACGCAAGAAAGCAGAACACUCGACAAUCUGCGAAAGUUCAAGGUUGCACAUUCACAACUCCAGGACGAAGCCAACGAGGAGAUGCCCGCUGGCGUUACUCACUUGCAGACAGCCAAAGAAGAGGCAGAAGAAGAGAAGAAAUUGAUUCUUCAGCAGUUCGAGGACCUGGCUCGCCGGAAGACGGCGAUCAACGAGACACAGAAUGGGUUAUUGACAGAAUUGAACCAGGUUAAGAAACAGAUUCGAAAUUUUGAAGAAACUCGGGGACAGAUCACGACGAACGUCGAGGAAGCUGUAACUAAGCGGCUGGAUGCACAGAAGAACCGAAACCACUAUACGAAGAAGUUAGAGGACGAACAACGGACGGUUAGAGAUUUGGAAGCAGUUGCUGACACACUCCAACAGGAGUUCACGGACUGGACAGCGCGUGCCCGAGAGUACUGCGACCCCGUUGAAAACCCUCGCAAAGUGGCUGUGGUGCAGCGUCAACUUGAGUCUGUGCAAACCGCUUUGAAGGAGCGCGAACGCAGGCAAGGGGCGAGUGUCGAGGAAAUGUCAAUCGAAGUGAAUAAAGCCAAGGCGGACCUUGAUAACGCAGAACAUGACCUCCGUACCUGUGCCGCUCUCAACAACACUAUCAAGAAAUCACUUGUCUUAAGGUUGGACAAGUGGCAUGAGUUCCGCCGACACAUUGCUCUGCGGUGCAAGCUCGUGUUCCAGUACCAUUUAUCCAACCGGGGUUACUACGGCAAGGUCUUGUUCGACCAUGUGAACCAGACGUUGCAGCUCAAGGUCCAAACCGAUGACCAAGCUGCAACUCAAGGGCGGGACAAGGAUCCUCGGUCCCUUAGCGGUGGCGAAAAGUCAUUCUCCACCAUUUGUUUGCUGUUGUCUCUAUGGGACUCCAUCGGUUGCCCGCUUCGUUGUCUUGAUGAGUUCGACGUAUUCAUGGACGCGGUCAACCGCCGCAUCAGUAUGCGUAUGAUGAUCGACACCGCGAAUGCUUCGGAUAAGAAGCAGUAUAUUCUCAUUACACCACAAGAAAUGGGAUCCGUGGUUGUCGGUCCUACUGUGCGCGUGCACAGAAUGAGCGACCCUGAGCGUGGACAGGGAGUUCUAGCAUUUGGAAACGCCUCCGCGUAAACGCAGCGGAAUGUCCUCAACUUUGUGUUUAUUCGUAUGAUAUUCAACCCUACUAGGUACAUUAUUGGUCAAGUACGUGAAGGUACCAGUUUUAGCUGCAUCUUAUCGUCGUUACAUCUUAAAGCUCAAGCAUAUACAUAGCCCUGCGGGCACGCAAUU